AUGGCCAUUCGCCAGAUUCUAAGACGGUCUUUGUCCAAUGAAAGGAGGUCCGCUGAAGUUCCGAAAGGGCAUGUUGCCAUCUAUGUCGGUGAUAAUGAAAAGAAGCGCUUUGUGAUUCCAGUCGCAUACUUGAACCAUCCUUCGUUUCAAGAAUUGUUGUUUCAAGCUGAGGAAGAGUUUGGUUUCAAUCACCCGAUGGGCGGCCUCACCAUCCCUUGCAGCGAGGAUUUAUUUGUAGAUUUCAUCUCUGGGGAUGGUGAAGCCUACCGUAGGGUGAUAGAACCCGAAUUCUUUCUCAGCUUGAGACAGCAGUUCUUGAAAUGA